AUGGCCCGCGACGACGACAGCAAGUCACCCGACGGGUCUCUACGGCGGCCGUCUCUGGGGUCGAGAGAUGAGCGUCCGUCCUCGGAAUUCCUGGGCGCUGAGCGCUCCCGCAUCUCCAUCAUCGCAGAGGACUCAGACGAGCGUACCGACCGCACUUCCGGCUCAUCUCCAGAACUAGACGAUGUCGACGAAAAACCGUCCCGGUCGUCGUCUUACUCCGACCACGGCGACGACGAUGACGACGACGAGGAGAUUCUUCCUGAAUCCCUCACGGAGGACUGGGAGGAGAAGAUGUCCCGCUUCUCCCAAGCAAACACGCUCCAGGACCGCCGCCGCCGAGAAUCAGAAACCGUCGUAGUCCUCCCCGACGACAAGGCAGACCGGAGGAAGAGCACCGGCAGCGCAACCUCGACCGUGUCCCGCUGCUCACACUGCGGGCACCACCGCCGCGCCUCGUCAGUCACGCUGGCCAACGCCCCAGCGAUUCCGAUGCGCAAGUCCUCCCUGCCGCAGCGGCACGGCUCCCUGCGGAUAACACCGCGCGUGCAGCCAAUGUCGCCCAAGGCGGCGGCCGCCUCGGAAGCCGCCGCCGCCGCUGGUUGUUCGGAGCAGCGUGCGUUCCCACUGAAUGUGAAGAGGGUUCCCUCGCAUGCCAUGUCAGACGUGCAGGUGGCGCGGCACGUGCAGAGCGACGGCAACAACUUCUCUGAGCCGCGCUCCGAGACGGCAUCGAUCAUCUCGUCAAUCUUUGCGCCAUCGCUGCGGCAUCUGGCGAGCCAUCCGUCUCUGAACGGGUCGUUGGGCUCGCCGGUGAGGAGAGGGUCGAUCGUCACGCCUGUUGCUGAGCAGCGGCAUCCUGGAAAGGCUGGGGCGCGGAUCAGUCGCUUCACGAGGCCGUUUGAGCCGGAUAUCGACGAGGAUGACGGGGAGGAUUACCUGCGGCAGGUGAGGAGGUUAGAGGCACUCAGAGCACAGCAGAGAAUCUCGCAAGUGCUGGCGGCGGACAUAUUUUGCGAGAAGGAGGAAUGGGUUGAAGGGUGGCCGUUGGUUUUCCUCAUCAUCGGUAUCUGCCUUGUGGUGUUUAUAAUCUCGGUGCACAGGACGAUUAUCACGACUGCAAUUCCUCAAAUUACCUCAGAAUUCAAGUUCACGUCGGAUAUUGGGUGGUACGGUUCAGCAUAUCUUCUCACGGCUUGCGCUUUCCAGCCUCUUUUUGGCAGAAUCUUUGUGCUCUUCUCGGUCAAAUGGUCGUACCUUCUGGCCAUGCUGAUGUUCCUUGGCGGAUCUCUCAUAUGCGCCCUAUCUCCAAGUUCGAUGGUCCUCAUCAUCGGCCGUGCCGUGGCUGGAUCUGGAAGCGCUGGCAUUCUCACGGGCAGCUUCGUUGUAGUUGCAACUGCGAUUCCGUCGAGACUGCGACCGGCUUACACAGCCAUCGUAGGACUGAUGUUCGGAAUUGGAACCACUGUUGGUCCUCUCCUCGGUGGUGUUUUCACUGAACUCGUCACGUGGCGAUGGAACUUCUUCGUAAACCUGCCGGUCGUAGGCGCCAACAUGAUCAUCUUCCUCGUCUUCUUUCAUCCCAGACAGCCCCCUCGCGUGAGACCGAGGUUCCUCGACAGAAUUCUGGAGCUCGACCUCCUCGGCAAUAUUUUCCUCUUGGGCGCCUGCGUGAUGCUGUUCAUGGCCCUCGAACUUACCAACCGUGGCCAAGCAUGGUCGAGCAUCAAGAUCAUCGGCCUCUUGUCGGGAUCAGGGGCGACCGCUAUCGUUUUCGCAGCAUGGCAAUGGUGGAGGCAGGACGGAGCAUUGAUCCCCCCGGCCAUCAUCACCCACCGAACAGUCGCGGCAUCCUGCGUCGCUGCCUUCUCCACGUACGGCGCGCUCAUGAUCCAUACGUAUUUCCUGCCGCUGUGGUUCCAGGCAAUCCGCGGCGAGGAUGCCAUCAUGUCCGGCGUGGACAUGAUACCCUACGUGGCGACCAUUGGCAUCUUCUCCCUGCUCUCAGCGGUCUUCGUAUCGGUCGUCGGCUAUCCCGUGCCCCCGGCAGUCGUGGGCGGCAUGAUCGGCACAGCAGGCUGUGGCGUUCUGCGUUUGCUGUCUCCGAGCACACCGAUCGCCUAUUGGAUAGGUUUCGAGAUCCUCGUGGCUGCAGGCUUUGGCAUGUCGAUCCAGCAGGGCUUGACUGCGGUGCAAGCCGUUCUCCCACCAGAUGACAUUUCUGUUGGCACCGCUGCUGUCGUCGCUUCUCAGUCUCUGGGAGGCGCCAUCUUCGUCUCUGUGGGCAACAUGCUGUUCCAGAAUUACCUCCUGCGCGCUGCGGCUAAGAAUCUGGUUCCUGGUGUCAACAUUCGCGCGGUGCUUAGAGCUGGUGCCACAGCUUUCCGUACAGUAGUUCCUGCAAGCGCGUUGCCCAGAAUGAUGACGGUGUACAAUGAUGCUUUGAGGGUUACUUUCACAGCGGCCAUCCCUUUGGCAGGGGUAGCAGCUAUUGCGGCAUGCUUCAUGGAGUGGAAAUCAGUCAAAGUAAAGAAGGCUGCGUAG